CUGCCUGGUGUUCAAGACUAGAGUCAUCAUCAUGCCUAGACCUCGGAAGCGUAGGAGAUGUAUGAUUGAGGGACAGCCUGAGGGCCAAAAUGAGACAGAGGGCCAAAUGAGUGUUGCAGUUUCAACAGAAGAAGAUUCCUCAUCCUCUUCUACUUCUUCCUCUUCUUUCCCUUUUUCCUUCUCUUCUACCUCUUCUUCCUAUUCUCAAACAUCAGGCAACUCAGAGGAGGGCUGUGCUGCUUCUAGAGCUUUCUCUUCCUGCACUGCCAUGGUUUCCUCUCCAUGUAGCCAGGUCAGUGCAGAUCCUGAGGGUGAGGAGAGUCCAGGCUCCUCACAGACUCUGCUAUGUGGUGCUUCAUUGUCUACAGGUGAGAUAGAUGUCAAAGUAGAUGAGUUGGUGAAAUAUCUGCUCUUUAAGUAUCUUAUGAAAGAGCCAGUCAGCAAGGCAGAAAUCCUAAGUAAUAUAAAAAAUUAUCAGGACCACUUUCCUGUUAUAUUUAGAGAAGCCUCAGAGUGCAUGCAACUAGUCUUUGGCCUUGAAUUAAAGGAAAUAGAUCCUGCUGGCCACACCUAUAUCCUUGCCAUAGCCCUAGAGCUCACUUAUGAUGGCAUGAUGACUGAUAUUCAGGGCAUACCCAAGACCGGCCUCCUGAUCAUGGUACUGAGCAUAAUAUUCAUGGAAGGCAACUGUAUCAGUGAAGACAUGGUAUGGGGUGUAUUGAAUAACAUAGGCUUGUAUGCAGGAAAUGAACACUUUAUAUAUGGAGAACCCAGAAAGCUCAUCACUGAUGAUUUUGUACAAGAAGGGUACUUGGAGUACAGGCAGGUGCCUGGAAGCCACCCUCCUUCCUAUGAGUUCCUCUGGGGCCCAAGAGCCUACGCUGAAACCACCAAGAUGAAAAUAUUGACCUUUUUGACCAGCAUCAAUGGGAGUGAUCCCAGAUCAUACCCAGUGUGGUAUGCAGAGGCUUUGAGAGAUGAGGAAGAGAGGGAAUAGGCUAAAAAACCUGGCCCCUGAUACUACUGCUCUGAGCAGCACACAUUAUAGUGCACUUGCAGUUCCCAAUUCAGAUAAAGUUAUGUAGCUCCGCGAUCUAAGCAGCAGACCCUCAAUCUAGAGCUGGUGGGAGGAGAGUGUGAGCCACCCCACUCUCACUGUUCUGUUGGGGUGACUCAGGGAUGAUUUUUCCUUUUAGUAUUCUAAACUGUUGCUACAUUUACUAGAAGGCUCAUUAGGCUGAGUUUUAAGCUUCCAGUUUGUAUUAGUCAUGCACUUACUGCUGUUUAUCCAUGUUGAAAAAGCAUUACUACUUUGUAAAACAAGUUGGGAUGCUUUCCAUCAGAUCUGCAAUCUGUCACAAGACACCAUGGUGUUGGGAUUGGUAUUUCCUGUGCUGU